AUGGUCCGCUUCCUGCACCUAGCUGGGACCCUUCCGGUCCUAGCCUCUGGCGCAGUCCAGGACGCCCUCCGGCCAGUUGCCGAGUCCGCCGCGACCGUAACCGCAACCGCGACCGUAGCCGGGCAACAGGCUCAAUUUACACUCUCGGAUUAUGUGGAUGUCGGGGCAGACUUGAUUGCCAAUGUGGACGAUCCCGAAGCCGUCAAUGCCCAGUCCGUCUGUCCUGGGUACAAGGCUUCCGAUAUACAACAAACGGACCUGGGCUUUACCGCCAGCCUACGGCUGGCCGGCGAGCCCUGCAAUGUAUACGGGACGGACGUCGAGUCUUUGACUUUGGAGAUGCAGUAUCAGGAUACGGACCGCUUGAACAUCCAAAUCACACCGACCUACGUGGACGCAUCCAACGCGUCCUGGUAUAUUCUGCCAGAGGAAUUCGUCCCCCGACCGAAACCGGCCGCAGGUGCGUCCGAGUCGCACAGCGACUUCGCCGUGACAUGGUCAAACGAGCCAACUUUCAACUUUCAGGUCACCCGGAAGUCGACAGGCGAGGUGCUCUUCGAUACGGCCGGUUCCGUAUUGGUUUUCGAAAACCAAUUCAUCGAGUUUGUGACAUCUUUGCCGGAGGAAUAUAACCUGUAUGGUCUAGGAGAACGCAUCAACCAGCUCCGUCUGUUGCGAAACGCCACACUGACCUCCUAUGCGGCUGACAUUGGCAAUCCGAUUGAUGCCAACAUCUACGGACAGCACGCAUUUUACGUAGACACAAGAUACUUCUCAGUUGACGAGGCUGGAAAACACACAUACGUGAAAAGUAGUGAGGCUGACCCUUCGGCAACAUAUACCUCCUACUCGCAUGGGGUUUUCCUCAGAAACUCUCACGGCCAUGAAGUUGUGUUGAAUCCGCAGGGCCUGACUUGGCGGACGAUUGGAGGAAGCAUCGACCUCACCCUCUACUCGGGGCCGACUGUAGCAGAGGUCACAAAGCAAUACCAGCGCAGCACCGUUGGUCUCCCCGCUAUGCAAAAGUACGACACGCUUGGUUUCCAUCAAUGCCGGUGGGGUUACAACAACUGGUCGGUCUUUGCAGAUGUUCUUGCGAAUUUCGAGAAAUUUGAGAUUCCGUUGGAAUAUCUCUGGGCCGACAUUGACUAUAUGCAUGGUUAUAGAAAUUUUGAAAAUGACGAGUAUAGAUUUCCAUAUAACGAGACCAAAGUUUUCUUGGACAAGCUUCACGCAGGUGGGCGCCAUUUUGUCCCAAUUGUGGACGCGGCGCUGUAUAUCCCUAAUCCGCAAAACGCUUCAGAUUCUUAUGAAACGUACACUCGAGGCGCAGCUCGAGACGUCUUCCUGAAGAAUCCAGAUGGCAGCCUCUACAUCGGCGCUGUAUGGCCUGGUUAUACAGUCUUUCCCGACUGGCAUCAUCCCGAUGCGGCUGAUUUCUGGGCCAACGAGCUCGUGACUUGGUAUGAGAAAGUCAAAUUCGAUGGAGUGUGGUACGACAUGAGUGAGGUAUCGUCUUUCUGUGUGGGAAGCUGUGGGUCUCGAAACCGGACACUCAACCCCGUUCACCCGCCUUUCAGAUUGCCAGGUGAACCGGGCAACGUUGAUUACGAGUAUCCUGAAGGAUUUGAGCUGUCCAACGCGACAGAGGCUGCUUCGGCAUCUGCAGCUUCUUCGAGCCAGGCCGCAACCACCGCCACAGAGACUACGACAUCCACCAGCUCUUACUUGCGUACUUCGCCCACUCCUGGUGUCCGUAAUGUCAACUAUCCACCUUAUGUGAUCAACCAUGUCCAGACGGGCCAUGAUCUUGCUGUGCAUGCAGUCUCGCCAAAUGCUACUCACGUUGACGGUUAUCACGAGUACGACGUGCACAGCCUCUACGGACAUAUGGGUAUCCAGGCCACCUACCGAGGUUUGACUCAGAUUGCGCCCAGGAAGCGUCCAUUCAUCAUUGGCCGCUCGACGUUUGCUGGCUCUGGAAAAUGGGCCGGCCAUUGGGGCGGUGACAACUACUCCCGGUGGUCAUCCAUGUACUUUUCAAUCUCGCAAGCGUUGCAGUUUUCUCUCUACGGCAUUCCGAUGUUCGGAGUCGAUACGUGCGGGUUUAGUGGAAAUACCGCGGAGGAACUCUGCAACCGCUGGAUGCAGUUGUCGGCUUUCUUCCCGUUCUAUCGUAACCAUAAUGUUCUUGGGACAAUCCCUCAGGAGCCUUAUCAAUGGGCAUCGGUCAUUGAUGCCACCAAGAAGGCGAUGAGGAUCCGAUAUGCUUUGCUGCCUUAUUUCUACACUUUGAUGCAUGACGCGCAUACUACGGGCUCUACUGUGCUGCGAGCGCUGGCCUGGGAGUUUCCGGACGAUCCAUCCCUGGCUGCGAUUGACAAUCAGUUCCUGGUCGGCCCCUCCAUCCUGGUUACUCCAGUCCUCGAGCCUCAAGUAAGUACCGUUAAAGGCGUCUUUCCUGGAGUAGGGCAGGGAGAAGUCUGGUACGAUUGGUACACACAAACUGCAGUUGACGCCCAGCCGGGAGUCAACACGACGAUCGACGCGCCCCUCGGCCAUAUACCGGUCUAUGUCCGGGGCGGAAGUAUCCUGCCAAUGCAAGAGCCUGCUUUGACGACCCGCGACGCCCGGAAGACGCCGUGGGCACUGUUAGUCGCACUCGGUAAAGACGGAACAGCUUCAGGCCAUCUAUACCUCGAUGAUGGGGAGAGUAUCCAUCCAAAGGUGUCGCUUAACGUCAAAUUUAGGGCCACACAGACCGCCCUAACCGUAUCAUCCGAAGGCGAGUGGAAAGAAGCCAACCCAUUGGCGAAUGUAACCAUUUUAGGUGUCCUUGAAAACCCGGUCUCGGUCACAUCUAACGGACAGCAAGUGCCUGCAGAAUAUGACGCGCAGUCGCGGAUCCUGGUUAUUACCGGGCUGAACCAAUUUACAAACAAUGGUGCUUGGGGGCAAGAUUGGACCCUUCGGUGGUGAAGCGGUUUGGUAUAGGUGGAUAAGGGCCGGAGUCACCGGUGUGAUUUAGUUUGAAGUACCGGUAGUGAAAUGCGACUCCAGCAGGUACAUUAGGGCGUUCAGACCAAUAAUACUUGGGAUGUUCCCCGCACUCUGCCGGCUUGCAAGGUUCUCCACUGCACCCCUGGUAAUCUCCUGGCGUCGUGGUUGGACUGGCGUGGCCA